GUGAAGAUAUAUUACCUACAAAAAUGGAGAAGGAAGGAAGAGAAGGAAUAGGAGAAGGAGGAGGAAGAGGAGGAGGAGGAGGAGGGUAAUAUGUUGUAGAAGAAGAAGAAAUAGCAAUAAUAAGGAAAUGAAGAGUGUGAUAAUAGUAAUAAGAGAGAGAGAGAGAGAGAGAGAGAGAGAGAGAGAGAGAGAGAGAGAGAGAGAGAGAGAGAGGUAAUAAUUUAGUAAAAAGAAAAAUAUAUAUACGUAAAUGAAUAGUAGUAGUAGUAGUAGUAGUAGUAGUAGUAGUAGUAGUAGUAGUAGUAGUAUCAGCAGCAGCAGCAGGAGGGCGGGGCUUGGGCGUGGGGCGGCGUGGGAUGGCAGGUUGGCCUGAUGGUGAACUCUCACACUCAUUCCUCGGCGCUCACCUGGUCUGCCCGCUCAGGUGAUGCGCUCCGACCGCCCACUCCACCCCUCGCGUCUCCCCGCACUCUGUUCACUGUUUGCGCAUUCUUGUCAUCGCACAGCUGGCUAAACUCACAAAUUCUCAGUUUAUUUUGUUUAUUCCAUUCUUAUUUAUUCAUUGUUUAGUUUUAUUCCUCUCCGCUGUUUUUUUUUUUCGUUUUUUCCCCGCCCCGCCAGUGUUUUCCGUGUUUCCUCACUUGUUCGCGCGCUACAUGAGUCUCUUAGCUCGCUAGACUCAUAUCUGCCAUUUGUUUUCUUCACUUCGUUCGAUUUUGUUAAGUUCUGUUAAAUUUUACAACUCUCCACUGUUUUUCUCGUUUUUUUUUUCCGUUUUUUCCCUGUUUUUCCGGUGUUUUUCCCGUUCCCUUGCGGCCCUCAGCGGUGUUUCCCUGCUGACUCAAGUACCACCGCGCGUCUGUCCCUCUGGCCUCUGUGUGAUGAGCUGACCCCGCUGCUGACGCCGUGAACCCAUCCAGUGCUGACCUCACGCCUCCACUAACCACUGCUGACUCCUGCUGUUGCUGAGUCUUCGCCUGAGUCUUCUGGGUUUUCCUGUGUACUGCGUGACUCCAGCACUCCUAUAGAAGGGGCCUGCUGACUGCUGACCCCCCGUGCUGCCUGCUGAGGCCCUGCUGAGUGUUGUUGCGUAGUUCUCCAAGGAGGAAGGGUCUACGGAGUUUCCUUUUCUCUCUCUCUCUCUCUCUCUCUCUCUCUCUCUCUCUCUCUCUCUCUCUCUCUCUCUCUCUCUCUCUCUCUCUCUCUCUCUCUCUCUCUCUCUCUCUCUCUCUCUCUCUCUCUCUCUCUCUCCUGUCUGCUGAGUAAUAACUGGUGAAAGAGAACUACUACAGAAGGGACCUGUUGUUGAGUGACGUUGCUGCUGCCAACUGAACGCCCUUGACUCUCUAGUGCCUGUCGACUGCUGAAAAACAACUCCUGCAGAAGGCACCCCCUCCCCUGCUGUGUCACCAUGCAGCUGGAGCAGAUCCUGAGCGCUGCUGUGGCUGCCGUGAACCAGGAUGACCUUACUGCCCUCACCGCCUCCGUCAGUAGCGAGGGUUUGCACCACCAGAUCCCCUCCCCGGCACUCCCCCCGCAGGACUCCCCCACGCACCCCUCGGCAGCCAUGCAGUGCCGCCCACCGUCCGCCGCGUCCCCCUUCAGGAGCGACCCGCCUGACGAAGGGAUAGGAGAGGUGUCCUUCUUCCCUUUAGACGAUGACAGCCUCGUGAUAACCUCCCAGCAGGCCCUGGCGAUGUUUGAGGCGCCCCCUGCACCUCCAUCUCGCCCCCCGCCCCUCAACACGCCCCCCAUCCCGCCUCCCGCGCCCCAUACACCGGUGCAGUACUUCGGUCACCCCCAGGAGGCCCAGGCCGAGGCGGUGUUUGUGGACCUGACGCCGCUGACGCAGGUACAGGCGGCCCAGGGAACGUUUGCUGAGCUGCAGGCUGUCAAUACAACGUUGACGGAGGCUGAGGCAACGUUCACAGAGUUACCAAUGACAGAGGCAACAUUUACAGAGGCACCAGUGACAGAAGGAACGUUUACGGAAGUACCAGUAGCUCAUGGGACGUUCACAGAAGCACGAGCAAUAAAUGAAACGUUUGCAGAGGCAACGUUUACAGAAGCAUCAGUUGUCAAUGGAACGUUCAGAGAGGCAACGUUUACAGAAGCACCAGUAGUCAAUGGAACGUUCACAGAGGCACCAGGGACAGAGACAACGACAUUCACUGAGAUGGCAGCAGCAGACCACACAUUUACUGGGAUGGAGGUCACACAAGCAACGUUUCCCCAAGUCCAGGCGGCGGAGACAACAUUCACACAGGUCCCACUCGCCCAGGGCACGUUUCCCGAGCAGUACGGCGCAGUGCAGCUAGCGGAGAUGACGGCGUACCCUGAGGUGGCAGCCCCGCCCUCUCUGUGUGGCGUGCCCCUGACGGAGGUGCCCCUAGGGGAGGGUGAGGGUGUGCCCGAUGCUUCUGCUGAGGUGGAGGUGCUGACAAGUGAAGAUUCCCCGCAGUACACCGCCCUCACGCCCGCCGCGCCCACGCCCACGCCCACGGACACGCCCACGAGCGCCCCUGUGGUGGUGGAGGUUGCAGGGCCGGGGCUAAGACUAGCUAUCCCCAAUGCCUUUAUGUCGGCGCGGCAGCACGAUCAAACCCACACGCCCGCGCCCACGCCCCCGGAACGCCCCCCAGACCACAGCGACGUCCUGUCCGCUCUAAGGGCGUCCAUAUUCCGCUCGCGUGCCCGCAAGCGCGCCGCCCCCCUGACGACACGGAGGAAAAGAAAGGAGACAGGAAAAAACGACGAACGGCCCCCAACCCCCCGCCCCCUCGCCCCCCAUGCACACUGGGGAGGAGGGGGACGGGGAGAGUAGCCCCCUCCCCCGCAGCCCCAGGGGGAGGAGGACGUGGUGCAGGUGCAGUUGGUGUACCUGGUGUACCCCAUGUAUGCUUCAAAUGGAGUGGACGGUCCCAUCAUGCUGUCUGAGGAGCAGGUGAAGAGGCCCUACCAG